AUGGAUCAAUCACUGGUAAAUUUGAAAAGAGUCGAUCGUUUUCGCUCCGCAUGGAACGAGCACGACAAAGAGCUGUGUGUUGGUCGUUCACCGCUGGCCAUGGGUGCGUCGUUAUCUACGCCGUCUCCAGUACGGGCCUUAAUCGGACAGUUUGAUCGUCUGCAGUUAUGUAGCAAGGAUAAAGAUGAUGUGGAAAAAGAGAAUACCGAACCUGCAAAGCAGCAGAAUAUUCAGACAACUAUAGUCACACAGCCGGCUCCGACGAGCAUCUUUAUCUCAGACAUCGAAAAACCUCCUCUAACGGUAGCCAACUCACCGCCAGAAGCUAAAACAAAAAAAGAGCAUCCUAUUGUCGAAGAGAUCACAAGUGAGCUGACAGUGCCUAGCCCAACUCCUCCGAUAAAAUCUGAGAUGCGAACUGGCGAGGACUUCUCACAGCUUCUUGAAUCCGUUCGAUCCAGACUUCAAGCGUCCACCAAGAAAGUACUCGCAGAACUUGAAGAGGUUCGUUAA